AGCCCGGGGUCCCCAUGGAGUGGUUGUUGUGGAGCCCAGUCGCCGAGCAGUAGCCGCAGCAGUGGGAUGUUUACCUGGAGGUGCCUCAUCCUUUGGGCUGUGCUGGUCACAGCCGCGCUCUCAGCUGCCAGGCCGGCGCCGACCCUGCCCGAGCAAGCUCUGCCCAAAGCCAAAAUCGAAGUGGAAUCCUACUCCGCGCAUCCCGGCGACCUCCUCCAGCUGCGCUGCCAGCUGCGGGAUGACGUCCAGAGCAUCAACUGGGUGCGCGACGGCAUCCAGCUCAGCGAGAACAACCGGACCCGCAUCACCGGCGAGGAGGUAGAGGUCAGGGAUGCGGUGCCCGAGGACUCGGGGCUCUAUGCCUGCAUGACCAACAGCCCCUCGGGAAGCGACACCACCUUCUUCUCCGUCAAUGUCUCAGACGCGCUCCCCUCCGCGGAGGAUGAUGAUGAUGAAGAUGAUUCCUCUUCGGAGGAGAAGGAGGCGGAUAACACCAAGCCGAACCAGGCCAUUGCUCCCUAUUGGACCUACCCCGAGAAGAUGGAGAAGAAGCUCCACGCCGUCCCCGCUGCCAAGACGGUGAAGUUCAAGUGUCCAUCGAGCGGGACCCCAAACCCCACGCUGCGCUGGCUGAAGAACGGCAAAGAGUUCAAACCCGACCACCGCAUCGGCGGGUACAAGGUCCGCUACGCGACCUGGAGCAUCAUCAUGGACUCGGUGGUGCCGUCCGAUAAAGGCAACUACACGUGCAUUGUGGAGAACAAAUACGGGAGCAUCAACCACACGUACCAGCUGGAUGUCGUGGAGCGGUCCCCGCACCGGCCCAUCCUGCAGGCAGGGCUGCCUGCCAACAAGACAGUGGCCCUGGGCAGCAACGUGGAGUUUGUCUGCAAGGUCUACAGCGAUCCCCAGCCCCACAUCCAGUGGCUGAAGCACAUCGAGGUCAACGGCAGCAAGAUUGGUCCCGACAACCUGCCCUAUGUCCAGAUCCUGAAGACGGCUGGCGUUAACACGACAGACAAAGAAAUGGAAGUCCUUCACUUAAGGAAUGUCUCAUUUGAGGAUGCUGGGGAGUAUACAUGUUUGGCGGGUAAUUCUAUUGGGAUCUCCCAUCACUCUGCAUGGUUGACAGUUCUCGAAGCUAUUGAAGACACCCCGGCCAUGAUGACGUCCCCCCUGUACCUGGAGAUCAUCAUUUACUGCACCGGGGCCUUCCUCAUCUCCUGCAUGGUGGUGACCAUCAUCAUCUACAAGAUGAAGAGCACCACCAAGAAGACGGACUUCAACAGCCAGCUGGCCGUGCACAAGCUGGCCAAGAGCAUCCCUCUGCGCAGACAGGUCUCGGCCGACUCCAGCUCCUCCAUGAACUCGGGGGUGAUGCUGGUGCGGCCCUCGCGCCUCUCCUCCAGUGGUACCCCAAUGCUGGCCGGCGUCUCCGAGUACGAGCUCCCCGAGGACCCGCGCUGGGAGCUGCCGCGGGAUCGGCUCAUCCUGGGCAAGCCGCUGGGGGAAGGAUGCUUCGGGCAGGUGGUGCUGGCUGAAGCCAUUGGGCUCGACAAGGACAAACCAAACCGUGUGACCAAGGUGGCUGUGAAGAUGCUCAAGUCCGACGCCACAGAGAAGGACCUGUCCGACCUCAUCUCCGAGAUGGAGAUGAUGAAGAUGAUCGGCAAGCACAAGAACAUCAUCAACCUGCUGGGAGCCUGCACGCAGGAUGGACCCCUCUAUGUGAUCGUGGAGUACGCCAGCAAGGGCAACCUGCGGGAAUACCUGCAGGCGCGGCGGCCCCCGGGCAUGGAAUACUGCUACAACCCCACACGUGUCCCUGAGGAGCAGCUCUCCUUCAAGGACCUGGUCUCCUGCGCCUACCAAGUGGCCCGGGGCAUGGAGUACCUGGCCUCCAAGAAGUGCAUCCAUAGGGAUCUGGCGGCCAGGAACGUCCUGGUGACCGAGGACAACGUGAUGAAGAUCGCUGACUUCGGCCUGGCCCGUGACAUCCACCACAUCGAUUACUACAAGAAGACCACCAAUGGUCGCCUGCCAGUGAAGUGGAUGGCCCCAGAGGCUCUCUUUGACCGAAUAUACACGCACCAGAGCGAUGUGUGGUCCUUUGGUGUGCUGCUGUGGGAGAUCUUCACCCUGGGGGGCUCGCCCUACCCUGGUGUGCCCGUGGAGGAGCUCUUCAAGCUGCUGAAGGAAGGGCACAGGAUGGACAAGCCCAGCAACUGCACCAAUGAGCUGUACAUGAUGAUGCGGGAUUGCUGGCACGCUGUCCCAUCGCAGAGACCCACCUUCAAGCAGUUGGUGGAAGACCUGGACAGGAUCGUGGCCAUGACCUCCAACCAGGAGUACCUGGACCUCUCCAUGCCGCUGGAUCAGUAUUCCCCCGGCUUCCCGGACACCCGCAGCUCCACGUGCUCCUCGGGAGAGGACUCGGUGUUCUCCCACGACCCUCUUCCAGAUGAGCCGUGCCUUCCCAAAUUCCCACCUCAGCACACCAACGGGGGACUGAAGCGACACUGAGGGGUGGCAUCCCCAUAGGGACCGGAGCAGAACGGAGGG